AUGCAGAUGGAGGAGCAAAGUAAGAAGGAUCAUCGGGCUUUGCUGAACCCUGGAGAAGAGAAUGAGCUGGAGGCUUUUGGUUACCGGACUCAGAAUCUCCGCAGAGUCUUCUGGCUUGUAGCUUCCACGCUGACCUGUGGGACUCUUCUGUUGGUAUUCUACUGGAGGCCACAGUGGAGGGUGUGGGCCAACUGCGUCCCAUGCCCCUUGCAAGAAGCAGACACCAUUUUGCUAAGGACAACGGAUGAAUUUCAAAGAUACAUGAGGAAGAAAGUGAAGUGCCUCUACUUAAACACACUGAAGUUUCCUAUGAGCAGGAACCCAGAAGAACCCCUCUUGGCUGACCGUCACUCUGUCAUAAACCAAGCUGUAUUGAAGCCAGAAUUAAAAUUGCGGUACAUCCAAGUGCAGAAAAUUCGGUAUGUUUGGGACAAUUUGGAGAAAAGGUUUCAGAAAGUUGGGUUGCUGGAAGACAGCAACUCAUGCUAUGACAUCCAUCAUACGUUUGGAUCGGGCCUGACGAGUGAAGAACAAGAGAUCAGAAGAUUAGUGUGCGGGCCCAAUGCCAUCGAGGUGGAAAUUCAGCCCAUAUGGAAACUUCUUGUUAAACAGGUUUUAAAUCCAUUCUAUGCAUUCCAAGCAUUCACCUUAACUCUGUGGCUGUCUCAAGGUUAUAUAGAAUAUUCUGUGGCCAUCAUCAUCUUGUCUGUUUUAUCCAUUAUUUUAAGUGUGUAUGAUUUGCGACAGCAAUCCAUUAAGCUGCACAACCUAGUGGAAGGUCACAACAAAGUUCAGGUUAUGACCAUCGUAAAAAGCAAAGGUUUGCAGGAGCUAGAAUCCCGUCUUUUGGUUCCUGGAGACCUUCUUACUCUUCCAGGAAAAUUGUCUUUGCCUUGUGAUGCGAUUCUCAUCGAUGGCAGCUGUGUGGUAAAUGAAGGCAUGCUCACAGGAGAAAGUAUUCCUGUUACAAAGACACCAUUGCCCCAUAUGGACAAUACCACUUCCUGGAAAUCCCACAGCUUGGAGGACUAUCGGAAACACGUUCUUUUCUGUGGAACAGAAGUUAUCCAGGUCAAACCCUCUGGGCAGGGUUCAGUAAGAGCAGUCGUUUUGCAGACAGGUUACAAUACAGCAAAAGGGGACUUGGUGAGAUCCAUCCUUUACCCCCGGCCUCUGAACUUCAAACUCUAUAGUGAUGCCUUCAAGUUCAUAGUGUUCUUGGCCUGCCUUGGAGUCAUGGGCUUUUUCUAUGCCCUUGGUGUGUACAUGUACCAUGGAGUCCCUCCAAAGGACACAGCAACCAUGGCCCUGCUCCUCCUCACCGUGACUGUCCCUCCCGUUCUGCCAGCUGCCUUGACCACGGGGAUCGUGUAUGCGCAAAGGAGGCUGAAGAAAAAGAAAAUCUUCUGUAUCUCCCCACAGAGAAUCAAUAUGUGUGGGCAGAUAAACCUUGUGUGCUUCGACAAAACUGGUACUUUGACAGAGGAUGGCCUGGACCUCUGGGGCACAGUCCCUGCUACUGACAACCGUUUCCAGAACGUCCACAGCUUCGCCUCAGGCAAGGCUUUGCCCUGGGGCCCACUGUGUGCAGCCAUGGCCAGCUGCCACUCUCUGAUUCUCCUGGAUGGGACCAUCCAGGGCGAUCCACUGGAUGUCAAGAUGUUUGAAGGUACUGCCUGGGUAAUGGAAGAUUUCAAUACAGACUACUGUACCUUUGGAAUGUCACAGUCACACAUAAUAAUAAAACCAGGACCAAGUGCCAGCCCGAGCCCCGUGGAAGCCAUCGGCAUCUUGCGUCAGUUUCCCUUUUCCUCAAGUCUGCAGAGGAUGUCUGUGGUGGCUCAGCUGGCGGGGGAUGAGCACCUCCACGUCUAUAUGAAGGGUGCGCCAGAGAUGUUGGUCAGGUUCUGCAGAUCCGAAACAGUGCCCAAGAAUUUCUCACAGGAACUGAGGAAUUACACAUUACAAGGUUUCCGUGUCAUUUCCCUUGCCCAUAAAACCUUGAAGAUGGAGAAACUUUCAGAAGUGGCAAGUCUGGCCAGAGAGAUGGUAGAGUCCGAGCUAACAUUUUUGGGGCUUCUCAUAAUGGAGAAUCGCUUGAAAAAGGAAACCAAACCAGUCUUGAAGGAACUGAGGGAGGCCCACAUCCGGACGGUGAUGGUUACUGGUGAUAACCUUCAAACAGCCAUUACUGUUGCAAAGAAUUCUGAAAUGAUUUCUCAAGGAAGCCAAGUGAUCCUUGUUGAAGCCAGUGAACCAGGAGAGUACGCUCCUGCCUCUGUGACCUGGAAGCUGGUAGAGAACCAAGAAAAUGGACCUCAAAAAAAAGAAACCUACAUUAACAUUGGAAAUAGUUCGGUGCCUGAUGGAGAAAGAAGGAAGUGUUACCAUUUUGCAAUGAGUGGGCAGUCAUACCAAGUGAUAACUCAGCAUUUCAACAGCUUUCUUCCAAAAAUUCUGGUCAAUGGAACCAUUUUUGCAAGAAUGUCUCCUGGGCAGAAAUCAAGCCUAGUUGAAGAAUUUCAGAAAUUAAAUUAUUAUGUGGGCAUGUGUGGAGAUGGCGCUAAUGACUGUGGGGCUUUAAAAAUGGCUCAUGCGGGCAUUUCACUGUCAGAGCAGGAGGCAUCUGUGGCAUCCCCUUUCACCUCGAAAACUGCCAACAUCGAGUGUGUGCCUCAUCUCAUCAAAGAAGGCCGAGCAGCUCUGGUUUCAUCCUUUGGGGUAUUUAAAUACCUGACCAUGUAUGGCAUAAUUCAGUUUAUUGGUACAUCACUGCUCUAUUGGCAACUACAACUCUUUGGGAAUUACCAGUAUCUCAUGCAAGAUGUAGCCAUUACCCUGAUGGUCUGUUUAACAAUGAGUUCAACCCAUGCCUAUCCAAAGCUGGCUCCAUACCGCCCCGCAGGACAGCUUCUCUCACCCCCUUUGCUGCUGUCAAUCUUUCUGAAUACUUGUUUCACGUUCAUCGUGCAGAUCUGUGCAUUUCUGUCUGUGAAGCAGCAGCCCUGGUAUUGUGAAGUCUACAGAUACAGUGAAUGCUACCUGCUCAACCGAAGUAAUUUCUCCAUGAACUUCAGUUUGGAAAGUAAUCAGACUGGAAAUGCAACUACGAUUCCUGCUUCCAUUUUAAGUUUUGAGAGUACCACACUGUGGCCCAUCACCACCUUCAACUGUAUCACAGCAGCAUUCAUCUUUUCCAAGGGAAAACCAUUUCGAAAACCCAUCUACACAAAUUAUAUAUUCUCAUUUCUGCUGAUAUCUGCCUUGGGCCUCACCAUUUUCAUUCUGUUUUCUGAUUUUCAAGACAUUUACCGUGGAAUGGAGUUCAUCCCAACCAUAAUGUCUUGGAGAGUUUCCAUUUUGAUAGCAGCCCUCACCCAAUUCUGUGUGGCCUUCUUUGUGGAGGAUGCCAUCCUUCAAAAUCGAAAGCUCUGGUUAUUGAUCAAGAAGAAACUUGGAUUCUAUUCGAAAAGUCAUUAUAGGACCUGGCAAAAAAAGUUGGCAGAAGAUUCAACCUGGCCUCCCACAAAUAGGACAGAUUAUUCAGGGGAUGGCGAUGGUGGAAUUUACAUCAACUUAGGCUAUGAAAGCUCUGAACAGAUCCCUAAGGAAAAGCUCCAAUGGGAAGGCCAUACCAUAGAACAGCACUUCUGGACCAGACUCUAAACAGAAUUGUUGCUUAUGUUUAGCACAUCUGCUUCCCCCUCCCCCGCCAGAAAUUGAUACACCAUGGGGAGGUGAGGACCACAUACUUUUAGCUUUUCUCUCCUUCUGAGGAUUCAGAACA